AGUAUAAAUAGAUUGUAAAGUAACAGCACGCUCAGUCUCCAACAUGAAACUCUUGCUGGUCGCUGUGUGCCUGGUACUGGCUGCCUCAGCCGAAUAUGCUCCCGUGGAAGACUACCACAGGGAGUUCGGCAUUCCCGCUGCCGCUCGCAUCAAGGCUAUGGAAGAGGCCCAAGACUUCGAUGGAUCAAGGAUCGCAGGUGGAACUGAACCGGCACUCGGAGAACAACCGCACUUUGCCGGUUUGCUGAUCAUUCUGGCUAACGGCUACAUGUCGGUAUGCGGAUCCUCCAUCCUCACCAACACGAAGCUGGUGACCGCAGCUCACUGCUGGUCGAGUCCAUCCAUGCAGGUUCACCAAUUCACUGUCGUGUUCGCCUCUUUGCGCCUCUACUCCGGCGGGCUUCGCGUCAACACCAGAACAGUGGAACAGCAUGCCAACUUUAAUCGCAGAACCUCUGAAAACGACAUAGCUAUAAUAACUGUUCCUCAUGUCGCUUUUACCGCUCACAUCAGCAAUAUCAACAUUGCUACCGGAAGCGAGCUGUUCGUCGGCUCCUGGGCUGUCGUCGCCGGCUUCGGAAGAAAUGGUGGCACCCUAAAUAACGAAGUUUUAAGAAAAGUGAGCGUGCAAGUCGUCACCAACGAUGUCUGCGCUGGCACGUUCUCCGGCAGCGUCUUCGAGUCCUCCAUCUGCGUAGCCACGUCCGGCGGCAAAAGCCCGUGCCUCGGUGACGACGGCGGCCCCCUCGCCAUCGGCUCGGGCGAAAGCCGCACACUGGUCGGUGUAUUAUCUUACACCCAUCACGCCGGCUGCACCCUUGGCCACCCCGCAGUGUUCACCAGAGUCAGUUCCUUCGCCGAAUGGAUCCCACACACAGUCUCCAAAAUGAAACUCCUACUGGUCGCUGUAAGCCUGGUACUGGCUGCCUCAGCCGAAUAUGCUCCCAUCAUGCAAGACUACCACAGGGAGUUCGGCAUUGCCGCUGCCGCUCGCAUCAAGGCCAUGGAAGACGCCCAAGACUUCGACGGCUCAAGGAUCGCAGGUGGCACUGCUUCAACGCUCGGAGCUCAUCCUCAUGUGGGCGGUUUGGUGAUCACCUUGGCAAGCAACCAGCAAUCAGUGUGCGGGUCCUCGGUCAUCAGUAACACGCGCAUAUUGAGCGCGGCUCACUGCUGGCAGCACGGGACCAGCACGGCCCGCCAGUGGACCGUGGUACUGGGAUCGGUGCGCCUGUUCUCCGGCGGCACACGCAUCAACACCAACAGGGUGACAAUGCACGCCGGGUACAACCAGAGGACUCUUUUGAACGAUAUCGCUGUAGGCAUUAUUAAUCACGUCACGUAUACCAACAACAUCAACCGCGCCCUCAUACCCACCGGGACCAACCAGUUCGUCGGCGUCUGGGCUACAGUCGCUGGCUUCGGAAGGACUGGCGACGGGGCUCAGCACGGCAUCAGUAACAACCAAGCUUUGAGCCAUGGAACCUACCAGAUCAUCUCCAACCAGGUCUGCGCCCGUACUUUCGGCAACAGCAUCGCCGCAUCUACCCUCUGCGUGGGCACGUCUAACGGCCAGAGUCCCUGCGCCGGCGACUCGGGCAGCGGUCUUAUCACGGGCUCUGGAAACCAACGGCAAGUGCUCGGUGUGGUUUCGUUCGGCCACAGCGCUGGCUGCACCCGUGGACACCCCGCCGCGUUCGCCAGGGUCACUUCCUUCGCCACCUGGAUCCGCCAACACAUGUAA